AUGGAAAGAAGUUACGCUGCGGGUAAAGGAAUUUGUUAUCUCAUCGCCGGCGCUGUUGGCCGUCAUGUACCUGCGCGCCCUUCCAGCGACGUCUCGCGCCGACGCCCGGAAGGUUCAGGGCUACACAUCCGGGCGCAGUUAAAUAACCACUAUACGGGGAGCGGAGAGACUGUUUUAAAAGAUCUAUCCUGGAAAAAAGAUGCCGCAGCGGAACCGCCAAUUGGUAUAGCUAUCGGCGCUAUUGGCACUAUACAAUCAAGUAGUAUUGAGAAGCCAAAACCAGAGUUCAUAAAAUGGCGCCAACGAAGCGGCCCUGCUCAUGCCGGGUUGGCGCGGUCGGUGAAUUCCUUGAUGUCGGAAAAGCCUUUGCCCUCGGUCGAGGAGCUGGUCCACUGGACCCUGGCUGGUUUGACGAUGGUGGAGAAACGUAAAGGCCUAAUAUGUCCCAUUCCGACACCCCGCUACGGCGCACAUGGUCUGACGCCACAUUCCGCAUCCACGAUGCUGUUUAUACAGGCCGUGUUGGGGACGUACAUUCUCCGUUUCUUUUCGGAUUUGAUGCGUAUCUUUGCCUCCUUGCCCAGUCGGGACGAAAGCAACAACAUUGGCGGAUCGUGA